CUUAUGUAUGGAGAGGACUGAAGCGGUGUGGAAAAUGCCACCAGCAGUCGAUUAAUGUGCCUUAUUUACUGUGUUUACAGAAUAAAGUCCCCAUACAACUCACUACACCGGCAGUGRUUAUUUCAUCUUAACCAAGUGUGUAACAAAAAUGGCGAGCCAGCCAGGAGGACAGUAGUGCUUCAGCGUGGAUAAGAAGAGGAUACUUUCGAGGAGAAUGGCACUUGAAGGGUUACAAGACCAGCUGGGUGAGAAACUUCUCGACCUAAAUGUGGAACAGYUAAAAGAAGUGUGUCUCCGGAUAAAAGUAUCUGCUGAAAAAGAAACAAAGAGGCACAUACUGCUCCGCCUUAUCAAUGAAUCUUUGAACUCGGUGAUUGAAARAGAGGAGAAUGAUGUGGCUGAAUACCACUUAAAGAUGCUGUUAACAUUUGUGGAGGAGUUGAAACAGAACCAGUCAUCUGCACCAGAGAAGGAAACAGAUCCUGAGGUAGGAGCAGCAGAGGAUGAAYUGGCCAGCCUCCAAAAGCAAUACGCAGAUCUACAGUUGAGUUUUCAGUCAUCUGCACAAGCCCUGAGUGACCAAAUAAAGAGACUGAGUGAAAAAGUWGAGACAAAGAAACAAGCAAGCCAACCUCCAGCUUCACCGGUCUUGAUACAACAACCAUUAAGCAGGUUAUCUGAAGUAACAAUCCGGAGGGAGUUCAGGAUUAAUGGGCAGAUUGGGGAGAGAGGUARAAAGGAUGGACUUUCAUUUACGAACCUGAUGCAUCAGAUCGACAUGGGACUUAGCAAGGGACACAGCGAACCUGAAAUCACUGAAGCAGUAGUGAAAGCCAUYACCCCAGGUCUCAGCAUCAGAGGUAUGUUGGAAAUUAAACGGGACAUCACUCUCCCCCAAUUGAAAACUAUAUUAAAGGGACAUUUUAAAGAGGAGAGUGCCAUUGACCUGU